AAUACCAUAUCUGGAAAGUAUGAAAUUGUAAGUUAUGAAAAUGAAAUUGAAGUUUAUGAAUGGAUCGAUUCAGUCUGUAAAGAAUUGAUAAGGAAAUGUGAUUUUAUGCUGGAAAAGGUG